AUGUGUUCCUCGGAAAGCGAACUCGACCCACUAUGGCAGAAUCUCGAUUGGGCCAUUGGUCAGAUGUUGAUCAUGGGAUGGGAUGGCACAGAAGUAACGCCUCAAAUCCGAAAUCUCAUUGAGAAUCACCAUUUAGGUUCAAUCAUAUUGACAGCUAAGAAUCUCAAAUCUGCUGAACAGACUGCUUCUCUGGUUCAAGAACUUCAGACGAUAGCACACCAAGCAGGACACCUUCAACCUUUAUUAAUUGCUGUUGACCAAGAAAAUGGAGGCGUCAAUAGUCUAUUUGAUGAAGACUAUAUCUGUCAGUUCCCCAGUGCGAUGGGCGUCGCUGCUACGGGGAGCACAGAGCUGGCCUACAGCGUAGCAAGAGCUACAGCAACCGAAGUUUCUGCCGUUGGAGUCAAUCUUAUUCUCGGUCCUGUUUUAGAUGUCUUGACUAAUGCUCGACACCAACCCCUCGGCGUUCGAGCUACUGGUGACGAUCCUCAAGAGGCAUCUCAGUUUUGCAUUGCUGCCAUCAACGGGUUUAAGGAUGCUGGUGUAGCUACCUGCGGAAAGCAUUUCCCGUCCUACGGGAAUAUUGAUUUCCUCGGUUCUAGCUUAGACAUGCCUAUCAUCACUCAAACACUGGAGGAACUUAACCUCAGUGCUCUUAUACCGUUCCGGAAUGCCAUAAGUGCUGGACGUCUAGACGCCAUGUUUGUCGGUGGAUGCGGAAUUCAGAGUGCUGGAAUGAAUGUCAUGCAUGCUUGCCUAUCAGACCAGGUUGUGGACGACCUCCUGAGAAACGAACUGGGAUUCAAAGGCGUCGCCAUCUCAGAAUGCCUCGAAAUGCAGUCGCUUAUACAAGAGUACGGAGUAAAAGGGGGUACUGUAAUGGCCGUCGAGGCGGGCAAUGAUCUAGUGCUUUUAUGUAGGGCACACGACGUACAACUAGAGGCCAUUUCGGGGCUAAAAUUAGGCGUUGAGAACGGUAUUAUAUCGAAAGACCGGAUCUAUACUUCCCUCAAGCGAGUGUUGCGGAUGAAGAGUGUAUGCACGUCCUGGCAGAAGGCACUAAAUCCUCCCGGAUUAUCGUUACUGUCUAAGAUACAUCCUACACAUCUUGCACUCUCUCGAAAGGCGUACGAUCAAUCAAUCGCAGUCGUCCGGGACAAGGACAAUCUACUUCCCCUUUCACAGAGCUUACUCCAGGAGGAAGAACUUUUACUCCUGACGCCAUUAGUUAAGCCCCUACCAGCUUCGGCAGCUACUAAAAAUAUGUUGGAAAAGGGUAACAAAGCUCCCUCCCUGCACGAGAAAUGGAUUCACCAGGAACGUGGAGCAAUCAUGAGCGGAGAAGGUGUCUUUCGAGAGUUGGGCAGAUCAAUAGCUCGUAUACGCAAUGGCAAACUUCUUCACACAUCAUAUACGGCAAAUGGACUCAGGCCAGUGCACGAGAAUCUGAUUAACAGAGCAUCGGCGAUAAUUAUAGUUACGGCUGAUGCUAACCGGAAUAUGUAUCAAACUGGAUUCACAAAGCAUGUAGCAAUGAUGUGCCAUAUGCUUCGUGGGACCGGCCAAAAGAAGUCGCUCAUAGUGGUUGCAGUCAGUUCUCCAUAUGAUUUCGCAAUGGACAAAUCCAUCGGGACGUACGUCUGCACUUUUGAUUUUACAGAAACGGCCAUGGCUUCCCUCGUUCGCGCCUUGUACGGAGAGAUAACUCCUCAGGGGUCGAUGCCGGGAACUAUGAGGAAGAGUAAGAAAGUCUCCAAGACAAGACAACAAUGGCUUGUUGAGAAUUACGACCGCGAGCGGGAUGCUGCUGCCCUGGAGGAGCUGCUAAGAACUCUGGCUCGCUCUAGUACACCGAGUCUUCCGUAUCUCACGGCAGGAGCUCAUUCGUUCGAAUUGUCUAACUCGCACAUUGAAGAGGCACACUUUGUCGUGCGGAACAGCAGCACAAAAACAUUGUACGGUUUCGUGGCUACGUAUUACGUGAAAGGGGUUGGUGCUAUUGGCGCUCUCUUUGUCGAUCCGGCGAAACGAAAUGUAUCGAUUGGCAGGUCACUACACCGUCGUGCGUUGCGAGCGUUACUUCAGAAGCCAGGUGUCAAGACACUCCAACUUGGGCUUACAUUCCCGGGAGUGUUUCCAGGAGUACCUGUCGAUGAAAGCGGGAGUAACAAGAGCUGGUUUAACAACGUCGGUUGGGAUACACAGUUCCCGAAACGACUGACGAACAUGGCCAUCGAAGACCUCGGAGCUUGGACGGCACCGGAAGGCCUUCUACAAAGCAUCCAGCGAGCGAGUCUUAGCUUUGACUUAAUCCACGGACUCGAUAACGCCGAGUCGGUGUUAAACCAUGUAGCGACACACGCAGGACCCGAGGUCGUGGAGCUUUAUCGAUUUGCACUACAUGAAACGAAUACAAGCGGAGUAGUCCGAGCCAAGAACUCGAUGGAUAACCUGUUAGGGACGGUCAUCAUCUGCACAGCAGGAAGUCGCCUGUCGACAUAUAUCCCUCCACUUCACUCGGCUAGCGGUGAAGAUAUUGGUGGUAUUAUCGCCCCAAUAGUGCCUUCUACAGCCCAGUCAAGGUUAAUCCUGCAAGGGCUAGUAUUCAUGGGCGUAAGACAGAAUAAGGCGCACAAGUCUGCAAAGAGUGUUCUCAGUUGGGUUCUUGACGAAGCAUACGAGCCACUUGCGGCCAUGGGCUUUGAAGUCCAACAGACGUUCGAUGAGAUUACAAAUUCGCCAGAAAACCCUCAGCAUAAGCACGAGCGUAAGCACAACCUCCGGCCGCAAAGGGUAUUAGCCCUUUACGAUGCGAUGGCAACUUUCAACUCCAUGCCGGCGCUGCAGUCAGGCGCCAGUCCAGGAGACGCCGCCAUGGGAUUAAAUGCUAUGUCAGGGUCCGGCCUAGGCAUCGAGCCUUUCGAACCUGAUCUCAACUUUGAUGAGUCGAUGCUCGAAAACGUCAAUGGUAAUUUACCUCCUUUACCUUUUACUCCCUCUUAUGACUUCGAAACCUUUUCCACAACGUUCGAAGACCCCUUCAACUACUCGAAACCAUACGAGGCCGCGCCGCAUACCGAAGACUUCCACGAUGAAGGGUCAUCUCCGCAGCAGCCGGAUGACAAGCUCCUUAGCUUCUCCGCGACGGCCGCGAAAGCUACGCCCCUAGAUGAUGCGUUAGGCGCAUAUUCCGAAGUGUCCAUGUCGGCGGAGCUAUAUGGCAUGUUCUUCGUUGCCGAAGAUGUGUUCGGCGGCGACUCGAGCGGUCGGCCUCUAGAGCUGACGUGUUACCGACGGAACUUAUGGCAGUGUUCGGGACAAAUAACCAUGCCGCGCCACUGCACGCAGGUCGUAAAUGAGCAAGGCCGUGCUAUACCUAUUAUAGAAUUCUUCGCUUCGAUAUCCGCCAAGGAGAGCAUCGAGGGCAAGUCCACCGAGAUUAUUUCUAUCCCGUGGAAAAGCAGCAAUCCAGCGUUGGGCGAAGGGCAAGAAACCAAAGUGGCCAGCGCUCCGCCCAAAAUUGCUCUCGACCUGACCGGCGGCCAGGAAGUCGACGGUCACCGGGUCAGCAUACCGGUCUCCUGGAAGCGCUUACAAUUCAAGAGCGCAACGGCAAACAACGGCCGACGAAAAGGAUUACAGCAGCAUUACGUAGUGCAGAUCAGUCUCUUGGGAAAGAUGAAGACAGGUGGAGAGCUUAUGAAAAUUGCAGAAAUCCAAAGCGGCCCGGUCAUUGUGCGAGGGCGCAGUCCGCGAAAUUUUGAUAGUAGAAAGGACGUACCUCUCACCGGCGACAAAAAGGCUCCUCCUAGUAAUGGAGAUCGAGCCCGAACUCAUAGCGAUGCAAGUACGGCAUCGAACUUAAAGAUAGAGCGGACGGAUUCCGCACACGGAUUACCUAACUAUUCGUCGUCAUCUCUGGGUAAUACGACGCCUACACCGUCCUGGGGGACCCCUUCAACGCCUGCAUACGGUGGACAAGCAAAUUCCCAGUCACAUCCAGCCAAGAAGAUAGCACUCUCUCCAAACAUAAACCGGCCUCCCGUUCCGUCUUGGGGCAAGGAAUUGGGUAAGAUGCAUGCGCUAGGUAGCCAUACGAAAAACAACCCACCGGCCCCAUCUGUACCGAUCAAUCUAUCUCUGUCCGAGGACGAACGAAGCCCAAAUAAUCGUUCUACCUCGGACUCACUCACCAGCCCGAAGCUACACCGGACGUCUACAAGCCAUGGCGCCGCCGGUAGCCCGAUAGAAGAGGAAGAAGAAUUAUACGAAUAUUUCCCACUAAGCGUAGAUGAUUGGACACCGCUAGUGGACACCGUAUACCGGCCUCAUAUAGUUCACCAUAUCGCAGUGCCACAAGAAAUCAAGGCGCAGCAGAUCAGGAAUAAGUCCAAGAGAUAUUUCUCGGCAGAAUAA